AAAAAAAUUAGAGCAAUUGCACUCAGCAAAAGGGAAAGAAGAAAAAGUGAAAGAGAGAGAACCACCCACUUUCACUAAUCCUCACAAACCGGCAUAAUCCAUUUCCACCCAAAUCUUAACUAACAUCAAUCCAUCGAUACGAGGUUUAUGUUUAUCUCUUCACUUAUCAAAUCUUGUGUUUAAGGUUUGUUGCUAAAACUCAGUACAAAGUUUGAUUUAUACAUUUCCAAGUUUUCGUUGACAUUCUAAUAAUUGAAUAAUAAAGGACCAUGCCAUUGACUUAGCACAAAUACCAGUUUGCUGUACGGGGCCUCUUAACGGUUCCAUGUCUCUUGAUAGUAAUAGUCGAACUAGCGUAAACAACAUGGAGGAUGUUCAAUUGAAUAUCGACUGGGACGAUAUUGUUUGUCCAAUAUGCUUGGAUAUUCCUCAUAAUAGUGUGCUUCUUCAGUGUUCAUCUUAUGAUAAAGGGUGCCGUGCUUUAGUCUGUGACACAAAUCAACUGCAUUCAAAUUGUUUGGAUCGUUUUAAAACUGCCUGCGGUGCGCCAUCCUCUCCGGUGUCUGAUGCAACUUCGGUUGAAAAUAGAGAGCCUGUGGCACCAGAAGAUGGUCAAUGCAAUCUAACUUGUCCUUUGUGUAGAGGUCAGGUAUCUGGGUGGAUUGUGGUCGAGAAAGCUAGGACGCACCUUGAUGAGAAGAAGCGUUGUUGUGAUGAGGUGAAAUGUAAAUUCAUGGGAAGUUACUUGGAGCUACAAAAUCAUGCUCAACUUGAACACCCUCAUGCGUGUCCAUCGAAAAUUGAUCCCGCUCGAUUGCUUGAUUGGGAGAACUUUCAGCAAUCCUCUGAGAUUAUCGAUGUUUUGAGCACUAUCCAUUCGGAAAUCCCGCGGGGGAUGGUUUUGGGAGAUUAUGUUAUUGAAUAUGGAGAUGAUGAUGGUCGGGAUGAGUACGAUGACUUCCCUGGAGACGACGGAAACUGGUGGACCUCUUGUAUUUUGUAUCAGGUCUUCGACAACUUCAGAAGUUCUAGAAAUAGAAGAAGGAGAAGAAACAAUGAUGCACAAAGGGCUAAUCACCGUUUAAGUUAUGACACUUCAAAUUCUGAUGAAGGUUCUAUAGCAUCUGGGGAUUAUGGUGAUGUUUUCGUAGACGAUAUUCCGUUCGAGGUUGUUAACACAAGUAGAUCCUCAAGGAGUAACAGUAAUUAUCGCAGAUCACGGAGACAUCAUUCCCGCUUUCAUGAUAUGUAGGUUCGCAAGCAACAUGAAUGGAUCGAAGCAGCACAGAAUGAGGAAUGGACAAGUAGAAAGCCUCCUAAUUCAUGCAAAAUUUACUACAUCUUGAUCAACUAUUGCACUUCCAAUGAGAUGUGUUGAUUGGAAGAUUUUAUGAACUUGAUAGUUCCAUUUGGUCACAUACUCGUUUUCUUUUCUUUUAUGAUUAGUUUUAAAAUCACAUUCACUUAUCGAAACUAAGUGAAGAAAGUAUGCUAGCAAUUUGUUGCCCUUUUAUUAAAUCAUGGGCAACCUCAUCACAAGAAUUGUGCUGCAUACUUAUGCAAUAAUGAUCAUUUUAAAAUCUUAUUUUCAAGUACAUAUUAUUAACUGAUUGUGGUAUGAUAAAAAUAGGUCUAAUGGAUGUUUUUUAUGAUCUUUA